ACUCUGCAGUUUGAAAGAGAGAACGAAGCGAGAGAGCAGCCAAAUUUUUCGCACACCAAAAAGUGUAAUUUACCAAUAUCACUGCGGCAAAAAGUACAAGUGCAAGUGCUCGGAAAGUGCAACGUUGAAGGCACAGUGCGCGCCCUAUUGGACACACAGUGUCGGCCAUAAAAGUAGGCCCAGUUACAGUUAGAAGCAGCAGCCAUACGGUUGUCCUUGUUUGGCCCAUUACACACUUCCCCCGUGAGUCACCCGCCUGACCCGUGUGCAUUUGUUAUUGUUUUUAAUGAAGACGGAGACCGUUAAACUGUACAUAAACAAAUAAGGCAACAACAAAGAGAUAUACAGACAGAGAGACAAGAGAAAGAGAAAAGUCCCCGUAUUCAUCCAGAUCCAAGUCCAGACUCCAGCGCACCUCCGCAAAUCCCGAACCACUAAAAAAAAACCACAAUGGGCUGCACCACAUCCGCCGAGGAACGCGCCGCCAUACAGCGAUCGAAACAGAUCGAGAAGAAUCUCAAGGAGGAUGGCAUUCAGGCGGCCAAGGACAUCAAGCUCCUGCUUCUGGGUGCCGGUGAGUCGGGCAAGAGCACAAUAGUCAAACAGAUGAAAAUCAUUCACGAGAGCGGCUUCACUGCGGAGGACUUUAAACAAUAUCGACCGGUUGUCUACAGCAACACAAUACAAUCAUUAGUUGCAAUAUUGCGCGCGAUGCCAAACCUAAGUAUUCAGUACAGCAAUAACGAGCGGGAGAGCGAUGCCAAGAUGGUGUUCGACGUGUGCCAGCGGAUGCACGACACCGAGCCCUUCUCGGAGGAACUGCUGGCCGCCAUGAAACGACUCUGGCAGGACGCCGGCGUCCAGGAGUGCUUCUCGCGCAGCAACGAAUACCAACUGAACGAUUCCGCUAAAUAUUUCCUGGACGAUUUGGAUCGGUUAGGCGCCAAGGAUUACCAGCCGACCGAACAGGACAUCUUGCGUACUCGCGUCAAGACCACUGGCAUCGUGGAGGUACACUUCUCCUUCAAAAACCUCAACUUUAAAUUGUUCGACGUGGGCGGCCAGCGGUCGGAGCGAAAGAAAUGGAUACAUUGCUUCGAGGAUGUCACAGCGAUCAUUUUCUGCGUGGCCAUGUCAGAGUACGAUCAGGUCUUGCAUGAGGAUGAAACCACGAACCGCAUGCAAGAGUCGCUGAAACUGUUCGAUUCGAUCUGUAACAACAAAUGGUUCACGGACACCUCGAUCAUUCUGUUCCUGAACAAGAAGGAUCUGUUCGAGGAGAAGAUCCGCAAGAGUCCCCUGACAAUUUGCUUCCCCGAAUACACAGGUGGACAGGAGUACGGCGAGGCGGCUGCUUACAUUCAGGCUCAAUUUGAAGCGAAAAACAAAUCAACCUCAAAAGAAAUCUACUGCCACAUGACGUGCGCCACAGAUACCAAUAACAUUCAGUUUGUAUUCGAUGCUGUCACCGAUGUCAUCAUAGCAAACAAUCUGCGCGGCUGCGGACUGUACUAAGGAUCCGAUCGAUAUCGAGUUCGAGAUCGAGAACGAGAUGAUGUGGAGCAGAAAUGGGGGGCGUUAGCAGGGAACACCGUAACGGUAUUAAAGAGCAGCGCGGGAGCACAACAACAACAACCCACCAGCAUUGAUCAAAAACCAAACAAAUUAAAGAGAGCAACAAAACGAUGAUAGGAACCAACCGCAACUAUAACACACAGGACACAGAACAGAGGACACAUGGUACUGGAUACUGGAUACGCGACCCUGAACACUGGACAGCACAGGACUCUGAACACUGAACAAGCGAAGCCCAAAGAACUUUUAUUUGUUUAACAAAAACGCGCGAUGACGGAGAUCCCGGAUGGACGAUGAGAAAUAUAAGGAAAUAAGCAACAAGUACAUUACAUAAUAACGAUAAUAUUUGGUGCAGAGAGACGCAAUGUCAGAUCACUGACACUGAGGAUUGAUUUGAUUGAUUGGUAGCAGCAGCAGCAGCAGCAGCAGCAGCAGCAGCAGCAGUUUGAUUGAAAGGCAUUUCCUAUUAUACAUACAUACAUAUAUACAAAACACACACACAUACAUAUGCAUUAUGCAAGGCCACAUGUACGACAUGACACCGACACCGACACGCACACUCUCGAAACACAAGCGCAAGCAUUGCAUAUAUAUAGUUGUUGUUUGGUCUGAAUAAUUUUUAUAGAACUUCAUAAUUUAUUGGGUAGCCCUUAGUUUCCUCAUGUAUUUAUUAAACCAAAAAGAAAGUAGGAAGGACAAUGCGAUACACUUCUAUACAUAUACAACAUAUAUAUAUAUAUAUAUAAAUAUUAUAUAUUAAAUGUUUCCUGUUGCAAUCUCUCUUUGGAAUUAUUCAUGCCAUCAACGCUCUGCAUUUGCAUCCUGCUUGUUUAGACCUAAGUUCGAAAGAGUUUCAACCAAAUCCAAACGGCAGAUGAGCUAAGAAAUAAUAAUAAUAAUAACUAAUUCAUUUGAAUUGCGUGUCAGCGUGUGGGCUAAAAGUAAAUAAUAUUACCUAACAUAAACAUAAACAUAAACACACACGAACAAACCAAAAGAAGGGAAGAUAACGAGCAAAUCUUUAAGGUUUAAGUCUAAUUUAAAAGGAUUUAAAGAUAAAUGAGAGGCGGAUAUAAAACUCUAUCUAUUGUAUUUACAAACAAAAUAGAAAAGCAAACAAAAAAAAAACGAAGCAGAAAGCUAAAAACUAAACCCGGAGAAAAGUAAAGUAAAGUAAAGGCAUAUGUAUGUGGCCACUCGACUAAUUUAUGUAAAGAAGAGCGGCGGCAGUAGCGAUUGAUCACAUUUCAGUGUAAAUUGUAAUUUGUUGAAUUUACGUGUAUAGAAAGACGUUUGGCUGGAAACACACAAACACACACACAUACUGGACACUUACAUAUUUAAUUUAAUUCACUUAACAAGCUGAUUUCAUAAUGAUUUUGUUGCAUUUAAGCGGAGAGCUAAACUACGAAUCAGCAAAGAUCAAAAUAAUUCAACUUUUGGCGGCGCACAGAAGCAUGCUAUAUAUUUUUGCCAUAUCUCUACGCACAAAUACGCGCACAACACAACACACAGCACACACACAAUACGAAUCAAAAGUAACGAGAAUGUAAUGUGAAAGUGAAACGGAACGCAGAACUCAAAUCUCCCAAAACAAUGAAACUAAGGAUUGUAUGUAAUAAUAUUUAUAAAGAAAACUCUACUUUUAAUGGUAACACAACAAUCGUCGUCAUACAUGUAUCUGAUGUAUGUCAAACUGUAUUUAGCGAAUGGCAUUUAAUCCCGCGAGUAUGUUGAAUUGUUUCAAUUAGACUUAUUAUUAUUAUUAUAAUUAUAAUUAUAUAUUACGUGUAUAUGUUUGUGUAUAUGCUUUGUGCGUGGUCUUUUGUGCAUUUCUUGAUUUUAGCUGCAAUGAGAACUUAUAUAUUGUUAUUUUUAUAUAGAGUAUCUUUUGUUUUGUAUCUCAGCUCAGUCUUCUUCUCAUCCUAUACUCCUCUCCUAACCCCUAACCCGUGCUCCUGCUCUACAGUUGGACGGCAAUCCAAUCCAAUAUUUAUGUUUUAUAGUUUUUAAGUCUAAUUUAUGUAAAACGCACAUACAAAACACACACACACACAAACAACACCACUUAAACAUCAACUAAGUAAGUUUAUUAGCGAAAUAAAUAUAUUAUUUACAGUCAGAAGAGCAUAAAGCCUAAAGCGCAGAGCUUAACCAAGUUCUAUUUCGAAUUUUCAAUUGGGAAAACCCCCAUCCCAGUAGCAGAUCAUCCAGUGAAGCUUUUCAAAAGAUAUGUUGUCCGUACAGUUUUAUUUUAGAGCUUAAAACACCGAUCCACUUAGUUCAUGGCAUUUUAAUUCCCAAAUUCCUACUCUUUACCCCAGCCCAAAAACCCAAACCACAACCACCAACCAAAUACUGUAAUAUUUAAAACGUCUGUAUUUUCCAUUCAACUUGUAAAAUUCAACCAAAAAGAAAACAAAAAAAUGAACAAAAAACAAAUGCAAAAACCAUUUUCAAAUAAAACUAUUUAUUCAAAAAUAAAACCAGCCAUUUUGUUAUUUUUUCCCUUAGUUUCCCGAUUAUUUGGCCAUGAUGCAUGCUAUAGAAAUUACAAUGUUGCUGGAUUUUCGGGGUAACAGCAGGAUCCGUAGGUCCUGCACUGCGGCAGAUCAAGAACCAAAGAGUUCAAUAAUUGUAUGUAAUUAUAGAUAUAAAAAUUAACGACAACAAACGAUAUAUAUAUAUAUAUUUAUUGACAAUUUAAUUAAGCCACAGCAGCAACCACAACAAAGUUAUUCAUUUACCUUCGAGACGAACAGUAAACAAAGUCGCUCUUUAUAUAUACAGAUAUAUAGAUAUUUAUAUUUAGUGAAUGGAGAAUCAACAAAUUGCUACAUACAUACCCAUACAUAUGUACUAUAUUUUUCUCGUAAAUUAUUAUUAAUCAAAGUCCUCAUAUAUAUACCAUAUAUAUACGGAAGCGACUAUAAUUUCCACUCCUCCUCCUCGAACUUAGCUCAACUUUCGCGUCAAGAGAGAUGGCAAGAAACACACUAAAUAUCAUAAGAAAAGUCAGCAUUCAGAUAAUAGCAACAUUAAUAGCAUUCAUAACCGCAGUAUACUAAACUUUUUGCAUAUUUUCACAAUACUAAACGGAUGAUAGCGUGGAAUGAUGUAACGGAAUGGAAUCAAACAUAACUCAUAUUUUUCUAAAGCUCAUGUACACCUCUUUGCUCCACACACACACACACACACACACGCCCCACUCACCGCACACAGAAGCAAGUCGCACACCACUACUAACUAAAAUUACUUUAAUAGCAGUUAAAACAUUUAUAAGUGAAAUUCAUAAAGAGCAAAAACCCAGAGGGGAGGUGAUGUUAAAUCGAAUCAAAUGUCAGCUAAGGGGACAUUUCUCCGACUCACACUCACACGACCUUUUGUAAAAUCCCAAAGGAUGCGAGGAACGAGGCCAGGAGCCGCGGAGGAAGGGUAUGGUGGAGAGUGGAACCAAGAUUAUAGGUUAGACAAAGUUUAGACAUUGUAUCUAAUCUAAUUUGUUAGCCUAAUUCAAAUUGCUUUGGUUGUCCCAGAGAUGCAGCUGAUCAGAUUUGUUUAACUUGUAUAUGGCAAAGAGAAGAAAUAUUUAUAUACUUAUUAUUAUUAUAACGUACGUACUUGGAAAUACAAUUCUCCUCAAGUCUUGAGCUCCUUUUCUCUCUCUGUAAUGACCCCUCAAGUGGAUAAUGUGUAGCUAAUGGCCCAAACGGAAGAGUUUUAAUAAUGCUAACGAAGAAACGAAGCGAGCCACAGCAUCUUACUAAGCUCGAUAUAAUGAUAAUGAUAAUGAUGACAGAAUUUGAAUCGUUGAAUUGAAAAUUUAAAAUAAUAUUAACAAAAAAAGUAAAAAUAAUACUGCAACAACAAAUGAAGGCAUAACAAAGGAACAAAACAAAACCAAAAUGUUUGUAUGUAAAAGAAACUCAAAACGUUAGAGAUCAUCUACAAUUUAAAUAAAUAUAAAUAAAACCAA